AUGGACAACUCACCAGCAAAUUUCCAAUGCGAUACUUGCCAGAAAACGUUUGCACGUCUUUUUGACCUAAAUGACCAUGCAGUCGUUCAUGCAGACGAGAGACCAUUCGAAUGUGAGAUUUGCGAUCAAAAAUUCAAGACAAAAUCGAGUUUACGAGAUCAUGAAACGGUGCAUGAGGAGUUGACACCUUAUGAAUGCUCGAUUUGUAGGACGCCUAUUCGCUGGAAAUCCUUCAUCCGCAAACACAUCCACCGCCAACACAACCUCACCGGCGAACAACUCGAGUACGCGGUGAAAUGGACCGUCGACACAUUCUCCACAGAGAGAUUAAACCAUCCAGACACCCAGAGGGCGCCAUCAAGUACCAAGCACGACUUCCAACCAAAUCAAGACAGAAUCUCAGCGAAGAAGCGAAGGAGAGUUGAUGAGGAUACAGAAAUGGAUGAUAUCAACUCGAAUGCUCCGGCAGCCGUGACAAAGAUUAAUGCAGCUCUGCAGAAUAUGAAACUAGAAAAGAUUUCUGAUUUAUCGGAAGGAACGCCGCAUUCACGGAACAACACACCGGAGCCUGACCAGUCGGUGAGUUUUUUUGUCAUUGCUAUCAUCGAUAUCAUCGAUAUCAUCGCUAUUAUCGCUAUCAUCACUAUCAUCGCUAUCAUCGCAAUCAUCUCUAUUCUCGCUAUCAUCGAUAUCAUCGCUAUCAUCGCUAUCAUCGAUAUCAUCGAUAUCAUCGCUAUCAUCGAUAUCUUUUUUUUUCAGAAUUUCACCGACGACAUCCAACAAAUCUGUAGUCAAAUCUGCCGAAUCGGAAACGUCCGUCCGGAGUGUCAAGAUAGUAUUCGUCUGGUACUUUUUGAGACGAUUGAUGCGUUUGCGAGUGGAAGAUGCAACAAUGAUGCGGCCGAGUUCUUUAGGGAUAUGGCAGAGAAAUAUGAUGAAUGA